CAUCUAGUGUUCAAAUAUAUUAUAGACAUAUGCCUCAACAUUGAAGAACACAGUCCAGUAGCCAACAACAAAUAAAAAUGAAACUGUAACCUCAAUGAAGGGAACAAACUAAAAUAAACAUAGACUAAAAAUAACAGUUUCAAGAAACGAUAUUGAUUCUAAGCACUUUACAAAUGAUUUUUUGCAACCCUGAGUGAUACAAAGAGAUACAGUAGACCUGACAAAAAUAAAUAUUUUUUAUGUUGUACCCGUUUAGUUUGAUGGUUUUUAGGAUGAUUAACCAAAAAGCGUCCUGUUUAGCUGAAUUCACCCUCCGCAAACAGACGCUGCGCAGAGCGACCUGUGUACGACAUCAAAGUACCGCGAUAGCUGUGUUUUCGAAUCGCUCUCGCGGUACUUGAUGUCAGUCUGCGCAGCGCCGCCAGAAGUCGAACACACCGACUGAAAGGAACUAGUCACAUGCUCUAUAUCCCGGAAAUAAUAAACUGCUGAAUGAAAUGUCGAUGUGUGCAGCAGUAGCAGUAUACCAUAAAGUGGGGCAGUAAAGUAAAAAUACAAUCCGCAUGUUGCUGUCCACCGCAUGACUUGAAAAGCCAAUCCGAUAUUGUUCAUAACCGAUUUUUUUAUCACUCCACAAAUGGACAAAGACAGACUCGCACCUGGUCCGUGCUCUUGGCUGGAGGUGCAUAAUUUCAUUGGUGACCUUAUGACAGCAAGCGCUUCAGUCUCUGGUCCACUGAGAGAGCAGCGUAUUGAUGAACCGUUGAGCUCUGCCUGGGACAUGGCCAGACCCAAAGUCUCUAAUCUUUCACAAUCUAACCCUUCUAGGCAGAAACAGGUGAAAAACACAGUAGGGUUUGCUCUGCAUUCUGAGGAAAGGGAAAAGCAGCCUAGAGAACAUGAAAGCCUUGUUCAGCAUCAUACCUGCACAUGCCCCGGAUGCCCACUUUCCUCAUCCCUCUGUUCUUCCUUACUCCAGUCUCUGAAACCUCGAAGCAGUCUUGCCUCACAGAUCCAACCACCCUCACCACCCCCGUCCAGCUCAUCACAGCAGGUCAAAGAGCCCAAUUCUGCAUCUGUUGGCCUGGGCUUGUGUCUAGGUUUGGGUCUGUCUUUAGAAGAGGGCACCAGUGAGGCCACCAGCUCAUCUAACUCUGAGCCUGGUCGUCCACAACAUCAGGACAAAAGCACUAGCACCCACAGCCCGAUCCCACAGUCAAACCAUGAGACCCCAAAUGUUCAAGCAUUUCCCUGUCUGUGCGGUCAUCGUGGGUUUCAAACUUGUUCUCAACUUUUGCGGCACCAAAAGGACGCCGGGGUGCAUGCUGGGCAUUAUCAUCAUCACCAGCACGGCCAUCAUUGUCCUCUUACUUCUUGCAUGCCGUGUUCACAACUGCACCAUGCUGCCCAGUCACUCUCCUCCUUCCCAUGCCUGUCCUGCGAGCGCACGUUUCCCACCUGCGCCCAACUUUUGCGCCACCAGCAAGGCCACGUGCAGCAGGACGGUCUGCAGCAUCUGCCAUGCAUGCACUGCAGCGCCUCUUUUCCUCGGCCUUCUCAACUUCUGCAGCAUCAACGCGCCGAACACGCGUCCAAAACGGGCGGCUUCAUGUGUGCCGAGUGCGGUCGAGCGUUUAAUUCUCACAGCAAUUUGCGAAUCCACCUCAACGUGCACAGUGGAGCUCGGCCCUACAGCUGUGUGGACUGUGGGAAGAGCUUUAGCCAAUCGGGGGCACUAAAGAUUCACCGCAGAAUACACACCGGAGAGAGACCAUAUACCUGUUCUUAUUGCGGAAGGGGUUUCCCUCACCUGGCUGGGGUGAGGGCCCAUCAGCGCACACAUACAGGGGAGAAACCCUACCAAUGUGUCCAGUGUGGUAAGAGCUUUACACAGUCUGGGGCGUUAAAGAUUCACACUCGGAUCCACACCGGUGAGAGGCCGUUCAUAUGCAGCCUCUGCGGGAAGAGCUUUUCCAAUCGGUCCGGCAUUCGUUUUCAUCAUCGUACAGUUCAUGGGAUUGUGACGGAGCCAAAUUCGGUAGGCAGGCCCAGCCUGGCUGCCACGGCAUCAUCCCCUGCAUCUGAGAACCUUCAGAGAAUUCAAACUUCUGGUCAAGAGCCUGUCAACCUGCUCAAUCUCCAGCAACUGGAUGGGAGGAGUCCAUCCAGCAAAAAACAGAUAAGUGGGGAGAGUGAAAAAAGAGCUCUUCCAUAUGCCUGUGAGGACUGUGGCCAGCGCUUUCCAGAUGCUCCCACUAGAAACAGACACCAGACAUUGGAACACUACUCUGCAGAAGAGAGAGAAAGGGAGGACAGAUGUACAGAUAACAAUAAAGAUUAGGCAAACGACAGAAGACUGAAGCAGCAGUCAGUAAAACACUGCUGGAUCUUGAAUAUGCACUUAGCCACAUAUAUUAAAUAGUUUUCUCAAAAUUUUUAUUUCUGUCACUAUUUACUGAACUUGUAUAAUUUAUUUUAGUCUGUGGAACACGUUAGAAGUCAUUUAAUGAGUGUUUAGCUAUUUAAUCCAUACAGUAGGUGUUUCUCAAUGUCAAGGAUACUUCCUUGGCAGGACUGGUCCAUACAAGUCACUUCCUUGAGACGCUAUGCAAGGCUCCUCUUUAGCAUCCGAGAACACGGAAUGAAACAGGCUAGCGAGUGCAUGUCAUUGUGUCAUUAUGUCAGUGAAAAAGUGUGCUUUCAGUGUGCGCACAUAGGAUUGUGGGUGAUUUCAGAGCGCAAAGGCUACACUAUAUAAACAUUAUUUCCAUGUGUAUGGGAUAUUUCUAGAACGAAGGACUCAGUCCUUAGUUGCAAUUCUGAGGAUCCUUAACAUUGGAACAGUCCUUCGACGGAUGUCGAUGAAGUAGCAUCCUCGAAAUUCUGGCUUCCGAGGAUCCUUCCUUGACAUUGAGAAACACCUAGAGAAAGUCAGGGGCUGUUAACGAGACAACGAUUUCCACCGUAAACAAGAAUUUUUUUAUGUGGUUUGACUGUUUUUUUUUUUACACGAGAACUGUUUUUGGGGUCCUGAAAACGAACUUUUGACAAUCGUUUUGACAGCAUUGUGUGUACAUAAAAAAUUUCAGUUUUUUACUACAUCAUUGCAGUGUAAACAUAGUGUCAAUCUCCAAAAAAGAUAUAGCUUUAUCGUAAAGGUAAUACUUACUAAUCCAGUGGUUUUAUCAUGACAUGAACUGAUGCUCUUUAUAAUUAUUAUUGACCUGCUGCCAUGUCUGACAUAGGUUCAAGAGCUGUUAUGAAUCUAUUUACAGAGACUUUUAUUAUUUGGUCAUGUAAUUUUAUUUUGCCUGUGACUUGUGCCUCAACAACCUACAUUGGUGACAUAUUGUGAAUUGCACCUUAAGUUUUAAAUCAGUUACUUCGGCUACAAAAGUUUUUAGUCCAUAUUAUUAUGAAAAAAACAUUAGUGGGCUAUUUUUUGCUUUGUUUUUAAUUUUGAAUUUGACAAUGAAUGACAAGUUUAAACACACAGAUUUUUUUACAUACUUAAUGUAAGUGCAGGUAUUUAUAAGUAGUGAUUUCUUUUUAGUGAUCAAAGAAACUUUAAUAUUAUUUUGAUGAACUUAAUUAUUAUGAAAAAGUUCUCUUUGUAUCUAAUGUGUGUUUUUUGAAGUAAUAGUGCCUUUCCUGAUGGGGAUCUUGCAAAGCAAAUUCAAACUAAGAAACAUCUUUAGAUUCUGGCUUUAAAAGCCAUAGAUCAAAAGUAUUGCUAACAAUCAUUUGGUUGAAAUUAUUUAAAUGGUUUUGUUAUUUUUGCUUUUUCAAUGCUAACAUUUUUGCAAUGUGGGUUUGAAACGAAACGUUGAUUUUACCUGAUAAUAGCACCGAUACUGUGACACCGUUGGACAGGUGUUUUCAACCCUGCUCCUGGUAAGAUACCAUCCUGCAGAUUUUAGCUCCAAGCCCAAAUAAAUACAGCUGAAGCAGCUAAUCAAUGUGUAGGGUUGCUUGAUAAUUAUAGACAGGUGUGUUGAAGCUGGGUUGAAACUGAAGUCUGCAGGGCCAUAGCUCACCAGGAGGAGGGUUGGAGACGCCUCCCAUAGGACGUGUAAUGGGCUGUUUGCAGAAACUAUGUAUACGAAACUACAUUUCAGUUUUCAAGUAAAUCUGUAUGAUAUGGUAGUUAAUGUUUAGGAAAGCUAUAAGAAAAAAACAUGGUCUAUUUCAAAAUUGUUGAAAUGCUGACCAUCCUCAAGUUUUACACCUGUACAGCCUCUCAGCAAAGAGCAUCGCAUUUCUUUUGCUACAUCUGUCAGUGUCAACAUUGAUCAGUGAUGUUGCAUUUAUGACAUGAUGUAGAUUUACUUUUAUUAUUAUUAUUAUUUCGAAAAAUAAGCUUGCUACAGAAAUGAACGUUACAGUGUUACAGUUGUCAUUGUGUUUCACCUGUUUGUAGGGGAAUAAAGCUGUCGAUCAUACAUUUACAU